AUUUGUCAACGUCUUUAAUCGAAAGAAAAUGUUAUUAACACUUCAUAACAAAAACUUACUAUUAUUUCGAAAAAUUCGAAUCGAUUCGAGAUAUUUUGCAACUCAUCUUUUAAAGCGACCACCAUUAGAAUUUCCUAAACAUGGUUCUAAACGUGCUUCUCACAAUGACGGAAGCGAUAAAGAAGCUGAACUUUGUCAUUUAAUUGGUAAUCGUGAAAUCGUUGGUUAUGGCUCAAACGGGGAACCUGCGUACUUCGAUUAUCCGGCGUAUCCAUUUCCAUCGAUUCGUUGGAAAGAGUGCUCGCCCCAAAUUGCGGCGCUACGCGAAAAAGAAAAAGGCGAUUGGAAAAAUUUGGAUUGCAAAGAUAAAAGAGCUCUGUAUCGGGCGUCUUUUCGCCAAACAUUCGCUGAAAUGCAAGCUCCAACUGGGGAGUGGAAGUCAACUUUUGGGUUCACUUUUAUGUUUGUUAGCAUCGCGUUAUGGAUUUAUAUGGGUAUUAAGGUUUACGUGCAAAAUCCGUGGCCGAAAUCUUACAAAGAGGAAGCAAGGGAGGCCCAAUUAAAAAGAAUUUUGGAUUUACAAAUCGAAAUUUUACACGGGCUUUCAUACGAAUGGGAUUAUGAGAAUAAAGAAUGGAAAAAAGGAUGGUUUUAAUUGUAUUAAAACCAUAUUAUUAAAGAAAUUACGAUUAAAAUAUUUAUAUUA